CUUCUCCCCAUUCCCCCAUUUAUAUAUCUCACAAUAUAAUACCCCCAUAUCUGCCUCAAAAUUAAAAACCUACUCUCAGUUUCAAUCUUUUCACAUGUAACAACACAUAUAUAUUCCAUGCAAGAGGCAAUCCCUUAUAAAUCAUACACGUCCGCCACCGCCGCCAGCGGCAGCCAGUCGCGGCUUCACAACUUUCUUGAUGGUGCCAAUAAUGAUGGGGGACUUGUUAGUGUAACGAAAUUGGUUGUGGAGAAUGCGGUGAUAGUUUUUGGUAGACGUGGUUGCUGCAUGUGCCAUGUUGUGCAGAGGUUGCUACUAGGGCUUGGGGUGAAUCCGGCGGUUUGCGAAGUGGAGCAAGAGGAGGAAGAGGCCAUGCUUAAUGAAUUGUCGAGAAUCAACAGUGAGAUAGGUGGGGAGCGUGGUGGAAUUCAGUUCCCGGCUGUCUUCGUGGGAGGGAAGCUGUUUGGUGGGUUGGAUAGAGUUAUGUCUACUCAUAUUUCAGGUGAAUUGGUCCCUAUUUUGAAAGAUGCUGGGGCUUUAUGGCUAUGACUUAUGUAUCUGUUUACUCUUGUUUCUCUUCUUCUUCUUCUUCUUCACUUGUUGCAUGUUGAGAAUUUGAGACAGAGACAAGGGCUUCACUUCAGGAUUGUAGAUUGUUGAGUUUACUUUGCAGUUAGAGUAGAUCAUAUAAAGUUUCUUUCCAAUGAACUGAAAUUGAAUGCAAGAUUCAAGGGUUGAAUCAUGAUCAGGAUAUGGAUAUUCCACAGGCCAAACCUGGAUUAGGACAGUCUUUAAAAUUCAAGAAAAUUAACCAAAACCAAACAAAUCAACCAUCCACCAUGCGUUUGUCAAAGAAUGUAAAUUAUUACCUAAUUUAUGCAAAGAAAUUCUUUCUUUGAUUUGACCUC